AUGGAAAAGUAAUAGGAGUAUGUAUUGUCAUUUUACGUCUAAAUAAAGCAAACUUUUGAGGUAAAAUAGUACACCAUAGGUUUAAAUUCAUUUUCUUAGCAAUUGGAUAAAGCACCUUAUAGAGUAUUGGAAUUCUUAGAGAAUAAAACCAUGACUGAAGCAUUUGAUGGCAUGAAUUAUAUAUUCCAUGAUAUAAUUGAUAAUAAUAAUGUCGCAAAUCACUUCAAAAGAAUAAAAGUACUAAACUUCUGCCUUGGAGUUCUAAAGAAACUCUGUAGAAUGCAAAAAUUAAUAUAGGAAUCAUUGAGGAAGUAAGGAAUAAUGCCUCUCCUACUCACUGUAUGUGAACUAAUUAUCAAAGAAGCUAAAAGUAAUAAAGAACUCAAGAAUAACCACUAGGAAGAGCUUAAUCUAUUUAUCAAGGAGAUUAUAGCAUUAUUAGUCAACUUUGUCACUGCAAAUAAAAAGAAUUAAGGUGUCAAAAUAUUAAAAACAGUUUUCAAAUACAUUAACAAAGCUUUUGAUGAUGAAUAAGAUAGAUCAGCUGAAAAAGAAGUUCAUGCUUAAGCUUUAUAGUCAAGCAAAACGAUAAAGAAUCAGGAUUAGGCUUUGAUGCAAAAUUAGGGCAUUGAUGAUGAUAAGGAAGAUACUAAAAGUGUAUUCUCAGAUGUUAAAAGUGAUGUAUUUAAUGAGAGCAAAGAUAAACUGCUUAACCAGAUAAAUGAAUGGUUUACACUACUAUUUAUGAUGCUUGCUCAUAACAAAAAUGCUAAAGAUUUAGCUAGGGAUGACGAAGAAGGAGAUGAGGAUGCAGAUGCUGACCAAUUGGAUUCUAUAGGAGAUGAGAUGGGGGCUGAAAGCAAAGAGGUAGAAUUAGAAGAGAGUAAAGAAAAAGAUCUUGACUAACCCUCAGUGAGUAAAAGUCAAGAGAAGCAUUCUGUGUCAGUUACUUAGAAUUUUUACAGCUCAUAUUACAGAGAGAAAAAAGAUGCAAAGUUUAACUCAGAUUUUAGUCUUUUCCCAAAGAUAUAUAAUAACUUUCUAUCAGCUAGUGAAUUUGAAAGUUCAAUGAAAGAGACGAUUGAACUCGAAAAUGUGCAUUCUAAAAAUGCAAGAUAUAUUACAUAUGAUUGCUCAGAAUAUGAUGGUGGUGGUUUAUAUGAUGAUCAAGGAGAUUAGAACUUUCCAGAUGCUAUAUAUAGCCCCGGAAAACUUUAAACAAGACUUCUUUUAUAUUACUCUGACAUUCUGAGCGAAAUUAUUGACUCUGAUAAUGAAAAAUUCGAAGAUAUGUUCUAAUUUGUAAAAAAGGAAUCAGUUUUAUUCAUGGCUGAUAUACUUAAAAAAUUCAUUAGCUACUAUAGAAAUGGGUAUUUGAUAGACGAUUUUGUUAGAUUUGUUUAUGAUAAGAAGCUAAUCAAUGCAUAACUUGAUAUAAGAAGGAGUUAUUACUUUCCACCAAUGAACUAAAACUAGAGGAACCCUCAAUUAGAAGAGUAGAAAAUCAAGUAAGUAGAAAUUUGUGAUAAACUAAGAUUGUAUUAAUUGCAAAUAAUGGAUGCUAUGCUUGCGAUAAUAGAAAUUUUUGCCAACCUGACAGCCUUUGGAGAUCGAGCUUAAGAAUUCAAGGUAUUACUGAUAAAUCAUGGAGUGUUAGAAUCAGCACUUCAGCUAAUGAAGCAUUUGAAAGAGACUACAGAUAUCUUGAUUGAGCAUAAAAUUUUUGAAUUUGAGGAGAAAUUUGCAACUUUCACAUAAAAGGCUAGAUAAAAGCAUCCAUUUGGAGGAUUCCUCUCUAAAAUCGCAAAGUUAAUUGCUAAUCUGACUUAUUUGUCAGCAAGUUCUGAACCAGUAUUCAGAAAGAACAAAGAAUUCCUGUCUUUAAUUCUCUUCUAUACCAAGAUUGAUGAGGAUAAUCCAACUUUGAGGGAAUGGUGUUUAAUGAUUAUUCGUAACUUAUGUCAAGCAAGUGAGAAGAUAAGGCAAGAUUUAGAGAAGCUAAAUUUCAUUGAUAUUGAUACGGAAGGAAAGAAGACACUUGAAAAAUUAGGUUUGAAGGAAAUGUAUGACAAGGAAAUGAAAAAAUUGCAAAAAAGAGAAGAAGGUAAGAGAUAAUACGAUAAAAUUUGA